UGCUAGGACUGCUGUAUAGGACUAUAAUUAAUUGAGAUAUUGUUAAUUGAAUAAUGAAUAUUUCAGGUGCUAGUACCGUAAGUGACGCAUCUUCAGGAUAUAUGGUAGGAGAAAUGGAGCAGACAUCAUACAGUUUCUCAGGAACACCUGCCAAUGAGGACCAUCCUUCACAACCAGGUCACCAUACAUUAAACCAGUUUAGUUCCGGUCAGAUAACAGAGUGGAACAAUGAGAAUGUUCGACAUUGGUUGAUUGGUAUAGAGAUGGAAAGAUAUGCUCCAUUGUUUACCGAAAAGUCGGUGACUGGACCUCAACUCAUAGCCAUGGAUUCUAAUAGAUUAAAGGCUCUAGGCAUAUCAAAUGUAAAAGACAGGGACUAUUUGAAAAAGAAAGUUAAAGAGCUGAAAUUAGUGCUAGAAAAGGAACGUAAACAGAUGGAGAGAGAAAGAAAACAAAUGGAAAAAGAACAAAAGCAGCGAGAAAAGGAACAAAAGAAAUUAUCUAAGAAGAAAUGAGAGGAUGUUUACAUUUUCGAAUUAGGAAAUAAAAUUUAUGAAAAAAAAAAUGUGAUAUAUAUAAAAUGAACAGGGAA